AACCAUUAGAUCUCUGACAUGACCUGUUACCAUAAACUGUAAAUAUCAAAAGAUGGACAGACACCAUUACAUCACUUAGUGGUUUGUAAAGUCCUGUUGGGAAGCUGGUUGUCAGUCUGAUAACUGACACUGAUGUGGCCAAUGAGCAUAUUCUGGACAAUUAUCUUUUCUGUCUCUUAUAAUGAGAUAAUUUAUAAAAUGGACCUAAAGUUUCAUUCAUUAUAACCUAAAACUAGUCUGGAAACUUGUCAGACCCACAAGUUACAUCUCUUAUUCUGUCUGCCAACAUGUUUCCUGUAAUACACUUUCAUUUAUUAAUUAAUUUCAUCCAUUUAUUAUUUUGCCUAGUUGCUUUGUGAAUGUAACAGUUGAUUGUUGUCUGCAAGUGCAAAUAUUUGAAGACCCCCCCCCACAUGUAGCUUCCAUGUGAAGCGCCUUAAACAGGUUGCGAACCCCCUCCAGACCUUUGCUAAUGAGACUGGGGGCUCAGUUGCUCAUGUUUAAAGUAACAUUAUGCUCUUUAUGAAAGUUAUGGACCCCGUCAGUGGACAGCAGUAUAAAAAUGGUUUCUUAAUCGCAUCUCUCAGUUGUGACGUCUGGUUUUAAAAAGAUAGGAGGGCGAGCCAUCAAAAACUGGACUUUGGGAGCUGGUUUGUAACAUUGCGAUGUCUUUAUCCAUAGUUCUUAUAGAGCCUGUGGGAAAUAACUAAUUUGAGAAGGCUUGCAUUUGCCUGACAGCCUAUAAUGGAUCAAAUAAGGCACAAGGCCAGUGUAGAGGAAUAAUUGUGCUUCCUACGUUGGAGAACUGUAACAGUACUAAAUCACUUCAUGUUUCUAAAACAAGAUGUGAUGUACUUUUACCGUCUUUUUGCUGUCACAUUAACUAGAAAAGCUUCAUGCUCAUCUUGUUCCCAGUUUUCCUGAGUUUGUAAAACACUGGAGGUUAAUUUUAUUUAACUAUUUUAUUGCACUAAGAUACUAACUGAGCUAUUUUUUACCUGUACACUUUAAAAAUGAUAGUAAUGUGAUGUUUUAUAAAAAGUUGCCUAAUUUGAAUUUAUGGAAGAAACAACAUUGAAUUAUGAUGCUUAAAGCCGUUGGCUUGCUUGUGGAAAAAGCUGAAAUAGUAAUAUUUAGAAGGUGAGUAAUAACUGCAUAUAUUUAAUUAGCUGACUUCCAAAACCUGAAUCCUAAAUGUUUUUGUCAUAAAUGAAGAAGUCUGGCUUAUUUUCCACAGAGCAGAAAAGGUGAGCGUUUAAAUCGCAUUUUACUAUUUUUAGAUUUUAAGCUUUUUUCCCCCCAAAUCACUUGAUUUUCUUUCCUUUCUUUGCAGAUUCGAUCACUUAGAUGUGACACAGCAUGCUUUUCCACAAAGGUACGCUGAAGUCAAAAAUAUCCAUAAAUUUAAAAGUCUUCAUGUAGUUUGAUGGUAGUAAAAUAAACAAAUAAAAUGUUAGUCAUGCAGAUGCCACUGGGAGUACUGGUUUCAACUUUCAGCUGAAACCUGGAGGUGCAGGUGGUCCCAGUCCUGUACAGACACGUGUGGCAUUUUGUUAAAUCGUUACCAGAUUUCACAGCUUAAAUCCAUCCUCUCAUGUCUGUCACUCCUGGCAGCAGGAAGCAAAACACUGUGAUACUUAGAGUAUGAUCACAGAGCAGAAGACCCCGUGUAUGAAAACUGCAAUAAUUUUACUCCUUCGAUGGAGCAAUUAGGAAAAAGACAGAAAGAAAGAAAGCUUCAGAGUCACUAGUUCAAUGAAAAAUGCUUGAUUCACUCCCUCCAGAAAGCUUUUAUUUAGACAUAACUAAUAAUGCAUUGGACUCCUUGUUAUUUUAGCCAUAUUCCCAGUCUUUCACAUUAUUGUGUGGAAAGUUUGGCCCACUGGUCUUUACAGGGUAAAAAGGUAGACAAACAUAAAUCCCCCUCUGUGUGAAUAGUUGAUAUGCUGUGUUUGGUUUUCUCCAAAUGUGCUGCUGUGCUUUAUGACCAAGCAUCUCCACUUUGGUCCUGUUUUGCUCCAGAAGUCUUGAGUCUUUUUCGAGAGAAGAGGCUUCCUCCCAGCAACCUUUCCAAACAAGCCAUAAACUUUGACAUUUAACAUGUUAACUGAGGCCUGCAGAGACUGAGCUGGACCUCUAGGGUUUUUUUUUCCACAGUUUCUGACCUUGGGGUGAAUUUGCUGGCAUGUCCACUCCUGACAUGAUUGUGUUAUUGUGUUAACACACACCUGAAAGCUCCACACCUGCAAACUGCCAAACUUCUGCUUUUGCAGAGGUGCAGAUAGUUGGUGAUGAUCAGUUAAUCAAGUGCAUUUAACUAACAGCACCUGGCUGAUAAGUACUCUCUUAUUUCCUAAUGAAGGAGUAAGGGUGGAUUUAGUUUUUCACAGGACUAAAAAGAAUCCUGUGGAAAAUUUCUCUUUCACACCACUGUGUAGGUUUCUCCUGUCAUUUUGUUUCACGGUUACACUUGGAGAUUGGAUUUUAUUAAUCCACUUUUCUCCUCCACUUGACAACAAUGUCUUGUGCAUUUGGCAUCUCACUGCUCAGUGUUACCGCAGGUUAUAUUUGACCUCUGCUGACGGCUGCAUCAUAUCCUCAGAUAACAGCUGCCUCUCCACUUAGAUUCACACCAGCCAGAAUUAGAAACGAGAGAACAGACAAGGAGAGGAGCAUUUACAGUCUCCUCCAUGCUGACCUGCAGUAACCCAUAGAAAAGUGCUGCUCACAGUACAUCCUUCUUCUCACCUUCAGGAAGGGAACCAUAAUCUCUGUCAUACUCAGAGGCCUGAACAUGAAUAAGUGUCUUCAGGACUUAGAGGGUGUGAAGAUCACAAACAGCCAAAAUGACUGAGGGAAAGAAAAUGACGUCCAGCCGCAGGCAUCAUCUGAAGAGUUUGAUGCUGCACAUCGCCGCCAACUGGCUCGAGCAGGAGAAGACAGACAUCGCAGCAGCGAAGGAGGCCUACUUGGCUGAGAACUGCCCACCUUCUGACCUCAGCGGAGACCUGGCUGCCCUUACGGACGCCUGCAAGAAGCUCCACGCCGCCAUUGACAAGAUCGACGAGUCGAGAUACGACACCGAGAUCAAAGUGCAGAAAGCCGACAAAGAGAUUGAGGAUCUGAAGCUGAAGGUGAUUGAGCUGGCCGGUGUGAAGAAGCCUGCCCUGAAGAAAGUGCGCAUGUCUGCAGACGCCAUGCUGCAGGCUCUGCUGGGCUCCAAACACAAGGUGACCAUGGACCUGAGGGCCAACCUGAAGCAGGUCAAGAAGGAGGUGAAAGAGGAGCCUGCAGACGUUGGCGACUGGCGUAAAAACAUCGAGGACAAGGCCGACAGGAAGAAGAUGUUCGAGAGCUCCUAAAAGCCGCCUGGAUCGGCGGAGAUGGUGGAGGUCGGCGGGGGCGUUUAAGACUGAGGUCUGAGUGACUGAAGGUGUCUCUGGGUCUCGUCUGGACCCUCAGGGACAAAAGUUCAGACAGUUUCUUGAUGAUUUUUUGGCUGUUUUUUGUCACGCUGUCACCCCUGCGCGUCAGAGAGACUGAACCAAAACAAAGUGAAUUUAACUUCGUCUGCAGUUGAAACAUCUGGCAGAGAAACGUCAGUUCAAAAUGUACAGCUUUUCAUGGAAUCGUUAGCAAUAAAAGUUUUGAAAUAAGGA